AUGGUUGGAGGAUACCUAGCCGCCGGGAUUAGUAGAAAUGAUGGUAGGUCCUUCAUCACUGGUCGUGGACGCGCGCCAGCCGGGGCCGUCCCCAACGCCGCCCGCAUAUCGCUCGGCGCCCCGAGCUUAUUGACGCUUUUAUCCUGCGCGCGGGUCCACGGCGCGCGCCUCGCUUCGCUCCGCGCGUGUGUGUGUGUCGGCGCUGGACCCGCGCGCGCCGACGGCCACCGGACGCUAGUUCAGAGGGCUUUCGCGCGAGCGCGCCGCGCUCGGCCCGGCCGAGUGGCAGCGCGGAAGAGGGGUCUUCGUGUGGCGCUGCCGCCGCCCCGCCGUCGCAGCCACCUCUACACAGCGCAGGGUGCACACCCCCGCAGCGCCCGGCGACGCCCACGCCAUGCGCCCUUGAGGCGUGCCAAGGCCAGUCUCCACGGCAAGAGUGAUCGGUGCUUUGAGCGAGAGAGACAUCCCCUCUCCGACGUGUGUGUUUCGUGCUCUCUUUUCGAGUGUCGUGUGUGUGGUUCGUCUACGCGGGCUGAUCCUGUCGACGUGCUCUCGCCCAAGGAUGAGAGGCGCGUGUGUAUGUGCCAACAGGUUGGUCGCGCGCGGCCGGCGGCGGCGGCUGGAGCCGGGGCCGGUUUGGGAGGCUGGGCGCGACCGGCCCCUGCGUGGCUCUCGGCCGCCGUCGCGACGCCGCAGGUGGCCGCCCGCCCGAUCGUCUUCGCUGCGGGGCAGUCUGUUUUCCUAAUCGAUAGAGUUCAUCAGGCUAAAUGUCACAGGGCUUUCGCGGACGCGCGCAUGGCGGGGGUGCCGCUUCGUGCGCGGGUCUCAACAGGGCUGCCCUGUCACUCGCCGCGUUAA